AUGGACUUCGUCUUCGGGUUUCCCAAAGACGCUCACAAGAAUACCAACAUGCUUGUGUUUGUUGAUCGGUUCAGCAAGAUGGUACAUCUUGUUGCUGUACUGGAGUCAAUCACAGUUCAGGGCUGUGCGCGUGAAUUCAUCGAUACUAUCUUACGACUUCAAGGAUUAUCCCGUGAACUCGUGUCGGACAGACACCCCCGCUUUACAGCGGAGCUCUGGCAAUCCGUGUUCCGUUCACUUAGAACACGUUUGACGAUGUCAACUUCUGACCAUCCCGAAACAGAUGGUAAGACGGAACGCGUCAACCGCGUCAUCGAAGAUAUGCUUCCAGGGCACGUCCACUCGUUUACGAGCUGGAGUGAGUUCUUGCCGAUGGUAACGUUUGCCAUUAACAACUCGGUGUAUGCGUCCACGACACAUGCACCGUUUUACGUGAAUGGCUUGCGCCAUCUGCGUGUGCCCACCUUACUAGAGUGUAACUCUGGUUUAUGGGGGGGAGGGACUCGCGCGAGCAAAAACCGAUCCGAUUCUUGCUCAUCACCCGCCGACAAUGGUGUCGACGUAAUGGAUGCCGAUGUCGAUGCGAUCGAUGCCGAUGAUGAUGAUGAGGACGAUGCUGGUACUUUUAGCAUCGCCAAUGACACAGUGAGGAUGAUGACGCCCUCACUGGUGAAGACAACGUACUUUCAGUAG